AUGUUCCCUCUAAAGAGGAAUAAAGUGGUGACCUACCAAAAAAAAGGGGUUUUCUACCGCACCAAGCAAGCCGUUAUUGGGCUUUCCCUUUCACCAAAGCUACAGCUACUUGGGAAACUACCACGAGCUUCGUUUCCUGGCCUCUGUCUUCACGUUCACAUCUUUUUUUUACUUUUUCUUCGCGUCUUUGACUUCACUUCGCUUCGUUCGUUCCGUCAUCUUCUUUCUUUUUUUCAUGAUUCGGGAUAUUCCGAUUCUGGAAAUGUGACAUAUCGAAACCCUUUCUUCGUUAGUUAUCUCCUUUUACUCAGCCUUGGUGCUGCUUUGAGAUUCCAGGUAUUCUAUUGUAAAAGUAUAGUCCGUACGUCGAGCCUUAUUUGUUUGCAUGUGUUGGGGUUGGGCUGUGAUGGUGUCUUUGAGUGGGGAGAAUCUGGGGCCGAGGGGAUCCUUCCUAUCUCUCCGCCUUUACCGGAAAGAAGGGCCCUUAGGCUUGUUCCCGUCUCUGGUAUAGACAGAGAGAAUCUUAUCCUUCUCUACUCUCGUAACAGAAACUGCUUCAUCGAUGAGUUGAUGUCUAUACUCUCUUUCCCUGCUGCCAAACACAGACGGAGGAUAUUCUACAUUGCCUUGAGGCAUUGGUUGGAAGGAAGCUCGAAAUUCUUGGUUCGGAUCAAGGGCGACUUCAAUUUACCUUUAUCUGCCCCGACUCUACUAGUUGAAUACGAGGGCGCCAAGCAAGAUGUGAGACCUAAGGAAAGAAGCCUACAAAACGACCAGGUGGUGAAGAAUCCAAGACCAGUCAAAGUAGGGGCUGGGGCUGUGCACAAUCAAAGAGGAGCGAUAACUUACAAGGAGAGGAACGAAGGCCAACAGAGACGGGAGAGUGAUAUUCAAAUAACCGACAGGGAGAGGAAGGUUGCAAUGCGGCAUGAAUUUGAUGACAGGCAUAAUUCUUACAAAGCUGUGCGCUCUUCGCCUUCUAUGACGGAAGCCUUUGAAAGUAAAAGCAGGAAGUCAAAGAACUUCUACAUACCCUGGGCCUGGGAAUGCAUUUAUUGGCGCUAUCUGAAUCGGGCUUACACACAUGCGUCCUUAUCUUCGGCGGCUCGGCAGCCCGCUCCUGGUGGUAGCCAUUGUAGAUGCAUCGUCGAGAGGACGUUAAGAGCGGGGACUAGGUACUGUGUAUGGAAAAUGGGGCCAGCACUGCUUCUAUCCCUACGAGUUCUGUUACAUACCGUCCAGUAA